AUGGUACAAAACAAAAUUCAGUAUCAAUUUAUCCAUGAUGUUUUAGCUGAAGAGAUUUUGACUGGCUUCUCAGAGAUUUUUGUCACUUCCAUUCCUGAGGAGUUUAAGAAACUGCAAACAAGCAAAGCAAAUGGGGAAAAAUCAAUGCUUAAAAAGCAAUAUGAGGAAUUCAUAUUUCCACUGAAUCAAUCUCAUCCAACAGAAUCAUAUCAAGAGUCAAUAUAUACAAAUGUUGAGGAAAAUAAUGUGUUUAAAGCCAGUUGCAAAACUUUCCAUGAACCUAUAUUUGUUGAUGGUUUCUUCAUGAAGAAUGAAUUUAUGUUAACCCUUCAACCAUCCAAAAAAAAUGCAGACAUGUUUUGGAAGCUUAUUUAUGAGAAGAGGUACUCAAUCAUCGUCAUGCUUGAUGAUACACCUAAAGUUUCUUCAACUAAACAGAAUGCACUUGAACCAGUUUAUGUUGUUCAAUUCCAGUCCAAAAUUUGGCAAAGAAAGCAGCUUCCUUUUCCAUCUGAUCUCACUGAUCUCAUUCAAACUGUUACUAAUUCUUGUGGACUAAGAAAACAACUUCUUAUUCAUUGCAAGGAUGGCAUCACCAAAAGUAGUAUUUUUUGUGUUCUAUGUGUGAUGAUUUGCAAGAUAAGAAUGAAUGAGACGGUCAGCAUUUUGAGACUUCUUCGGUCCAUGAAGAAAAAAAAUCCUCAAAUUGUCACUGACUAUGAGUCAUACAAAUUCUGCUGGUCAGUUGCUGAAAUACUGCAAGAUGAAAAUUCCACUUAUUAUUCCUACUGUCAUUCCCAGGAAAUACCCGAAAUAGUCUAA